CCUCUCCCUCCACAUUCCCGUCCGUUGUUGUUGUCAAGUCUGCUAGUGUUGCUAAACUUAUUUUGUUUUGUAAACGCGGACUGCUGCGCCAUGGCUGUUUCGUCGUCGCCGUCUCUGUAAAAGUGAAAUGCACGGCGAGAUGGAGCUGGCCCUCGCUUCCAACUCGCUGGCCGGAGAGGUGUGGCGGGACUGCGCGAGCUGGUUGACGAGGUGCGAGGCCCUGCGCCCGGACCACAAGGCGAACUGGGCAGACGCCUUGGUCUCGGACCUCGCCUACACCCUCCGCGAUGGAGUGCUGCUGUGCAACCUUCUCAACUCCCUGGAACCGGGGUGCAUCGAGAUGAAGGAUGUGAACCAGAAGCCGCAGAUGGCACAGUUUCUGUGUCUCCGCAACAUCAAGGCCUUCCUGCAAGUCUGUCACGACUACUUUGGGAUUAAGAAAACGGAACUAUUCGAACCUCUCCAUCUCUUUGACCUGUCAGACUUCUUUAGAGUGUUGCACACUCUUUCAAAGCUUUCCAACUGUCCUCGAAUCCAACGUAAAAAUAUUCCUGGCUUCUCAUUUAAACCGAGAACAUUGUCUCAAGAGGAUAUUUAUAGAAAUUUGCAUGCCAACCUUGAGACUCCUUCAGAUCCAGACAUAACACCAGCUUGGGACACAUGGCGGACGGUUCCAUGGUUACAGUUUACUAUCCCUUGUCCCAAGUUUGGUGAAGUUGAGGAAGAAUUAUAUGCAGAUUUGUUUUGUGUCACAUUCUGCAAUGAGGUUCCAUCAGCAAUAACUCAUAGUUUGGAGAAAAGAGACUAUGUAAUUAAUGAAUUGGUUGAAACUGAAAAAAAGUAUGUUGAGGUUUUAUCUACUCUGCAACGUUCUUUUAUGAGACCUUUAAGUAAUGUAAUGAAGGAGGAAGAUAUGAAAAUUGUUUUUCAUGGCAUAAAGGAGCUCUCUGAAAUUCAUGUGGGCUUUCAUAGUCAAUUGAGGAAAGCGUGUACCCCACAGAGUUCUCUUCGCUUAAGUGAAGUUUUUAUCAAUUGGCGUGAAAAGUUUCUCAUAUAUGGAGACUACUGUGCUAAUCUUACUGCAGCCCAGAACACCAUCCAAGAAGUUUGUGCCAAAAAUGAGCAAGUCAAUCAAGAAGUUAUUAGAUGCCAACAAGACGCAAAUAAUGGAAAAUUCAAGUUGCGGGAUAUCCUUUCAGUUCCCAUGCAGAGAAUAUUGAAAUAUCAUCUGCUCUUGGAUAAACUCAUCAGUGAAACCCAACAUAAUCAUGAAGAUUUCAGAGGCCUUGAACGAGCUAAGGAAGCAAUGGUUGAUGUGGCUCAGUAUUGUAAUGAAGUUAAGCGUGACAGUGAUACAUUGGAAAUAAUGCAUGAUAUCCAAGAAAGUAUAUCAGAUUGGGUAAUGCCAGAAGAUACUGAACUUAAAGAUUAUGGGAGAUUGCUGAAAGAUGGAGAGUUGAAGAUCAAAGCUCACAAUGACCAAAAAGUGAAAGUCAGAUAUGUGUUCAUAUUUGAUCAAGUAAUGCUAAUGUGCAAGUCUGUCAGGAAUGACCAGUACAGUUUUAAAGAAUCUCUCCCUCUACGAGAGUACAAAGUUGAAGAUGUGACAAAUAGACGGGUGCUUCAAGGUUCCCGCUGGAGUUAUCAUUAUCAGUGGUUGCUAGUGCGCAAAAGUGAGCGCACUGCUUUCACAAUGUAUGCUCGCACAGAGGAUCAGAAAAGAAAAUGGAUCAAGGCAAUUCAAGAUGCUCUAGACAAUAUUGAGCCUUCAGUAUGCAGAAAUACAGACCAUCGUUUUCAAAUGAUAACUUUUGAAAAGCCUACUACUUGUAAUCAUUGUAGCAAAUUUCUGAAAGGGAGAAUUUUCCAGGGUUACCGCUGUGAGCGAUGUGCCAUCGCUUGUCACAAACCUUGCAUUCCCUUUUCUGGUAGAUGUGGAAUGAAGCCCCCUCCUGAACUUCCACCAAGACCACCACUUUUAAGCCCUAGACAUGAUUCUGAUCCCAAUGCCAUAAACCACACCAUUCAGCUCCCUCAACCAUUACCUCUAAUUACGGGAGAAGUAAGCAGGCGGUCAUGGGCUCAUGACAAUGAGCUGUUAAAGGAAUAUCUAUGGUUUGUUGGCGAAAUGGGAAGGGAUCAAGCUUCUAGCCUUUUAGAACAGACUGCUGAUGGAACAUAUUUGUUGAGAAUCCGUCCCCAAGGACCAACCCACCCUAAUGAAACUGCCUAUGCUCUCAGUAUGAAAGCUGACAAUGAAGUAAAGCAUAUGAAAGUUUAUGAAAAAGAAAUUGACGGAAUCCCUCACUACUACCUCUCUGAAUCUCGAUUUCAUCGAAGUGUAGUUGAGCUGAUUAGUUGCUAUGAACACACAAGCCUCGCCGAAAAUUUUAUCGGGCUGCAUGUUAAACUGCGAUGGCCGUUCCGACGCAUAGUAGUUGUCGCAGAGGUGGACUACAAUACUACUGAACCUAACCAAUUACCACUGAAAAAAGGCACUCAAGUUGUUGUUUUGAGUAAGGAGGCUGAUCAUAUGGGAUGGUGGAAGGGAAAAGCUAAUGACCAGGUUGGAUUUUUCCCAAAAGUUUAUGUACGAGAAAUAUCUGACACUUUUAACAUUGAAUAAAGUUUUAUUUACAAUUUUUUUUAUUUUGCUUGACAAACAUUUUGAAGGCAUCUUUAUGAUUUAGUGUAUACUUGUAUUUAACUUGGUAUCCAUGUGCUUUGCAGAAUGUGCAAUUGUGCCUUUUACCAUAUGUAUUUUAUGUUUUUACAUAUCAUAAAGCCAUACCCAAGUCAAGUAUGAAUGUUCAGUGUGUACUCAAUCUUGUUAGACAAAUCUCAAUUAUUUGAAUGUUAUUGAUUGAAUUUUGAUUAAGCAGAAUCCGUGCCAAGAUGAAAUAGACUGAGAGUAAUGGUUUGGAAGCUUUUUAUUAAAUCAUUGUUAUAUGUAUUGGUAUUAGUAUUAAGGUACUUGUUUAUGUAUAUUGUUCGUAGCUGACAUUUUAAAAAGUUAAUGUGUUACCAUAGUUUUAAAUUUCUGUUGCCUCUAUUCCAGUUGCCAAUAUAUUGGUGGGUGUAAUACACUUGCACCUGCCUUUUUCUUAAUUUGGAGAGCAUUUAUCAUGUGAUUGUAGCAUCACUACUUAUGUUUGAUGUCAUUAUUCUUGAUUUGUUUUUGUGUCAUUUUAAUAGUUUUACCCAAAUUGUUUUGUUUUAAUUUUUACUGCUUUUUUUGUGUGUAGUUUCAUUUUACCAAAACUAGAAGCUCCUCUUUUUUUUUCCUUUUUUGUGGUGUGGUAUAAAAAUAACCUUGGAAAUGAAAGGUACUUUUCUAUGACUUGCACAAUACACAUGUUGUGAACAGAGAAAGUUUAACAUUGCAAAAGUACUUUGCAUUCAUAGGGUUUUUGGUACAAAUUUGGGAUAGAUCCAUGAGACUGAGAAAGGAUAAUUAGGACUGAAAAUGUGUGAUGAAUUGUUUGUGGCAAACCAAUUUUCAUCCAGCUAGUUAGCUGGUAAGCUAUUCCUAGGAACUUCAGUUUGUUACUUUAAAUUUAUGUACAGCCUCAGAGUUGUAUAUUUAUGAGCACUGAAGUUGCCUAACAUUUUUCAAUGCUUGUUGUCAUGUUUGCACUUUGUUCUUCUGUUCAGACGCCUGUCUUAAAAAAAAGGAAUUAUCUCUCGUGCAUUUAUUUCCGUUUUAGUGUGGCAAAAAUUAGAAAUCUUCUUUUAAAUACUCUUGUGGGUGUGUGCCUCAUCCAUCCGAAUUGCUGACAUAUGGUGUAAUUUUAUCAUUCAAGCGGAAUAUAGAAUUCAUUUUCAUUAUAAAUCAGAGAGUCAAAUUAUGGUGUGGGACAUGUUUUCGAGAAGAGAGAGCAAUGAUAUUUGAGCAUUAAUUAUCAUACGUAACAAUGGCUUUUGUAUUAGAUAUCUCAAAGAUUUCUUUGGUGCAAUUACUAUAUCACAUUGUAGUUGUAAUCUUUAUUUUAUAUGGAUUCUGUGUAUCUGUGAUUAUAUUUGUGUUCAGAUGUCCUAAUUGUGUAAUUAAUGCUUUUAUACCUCCUGCUUGUUUUAUGUUAUGUGUACUUUAGCUGCUUUUGUGGAUUGAAUCUUCCUUAUUACACCAUUCACUCCAAUAUUGUGCGCUUGGUUCAACAUAUUAUUUUAGACAUGACUAUUUUGAUGUUGUUGUUGCUGCUGCUACAUGUCACUACCUGAAUUUCCGUGUCGCCUAGAGUAAUUAAGUUGAAUUUUCUAGUGUGUUCAGUUUUUUCCCCAUUGAUGUCUUCAUCUUAUUCAGCAGGUCAACCUUCUAUAAGAAAAGAUAUUUUUUUGUUUUGUUUUACAGGGCUUUAAAUGUGUCUUUUUAACUUGUUUUAGAAUACAUUUAGACUUGUGAAGUCAAUUGUUUUCUGUGUAUAAAAUGAGAACAAUAUUCAAUAUGUUAAAUUGUUGCCAAUACUAGUUAGCCAAUGAAGCCCAGUGCAGUCAUUCUCCAUUGUCAUUUGUAUUAGAGUUUAAUAAUUAUGCAUAAAAUGCUGAGGACUAGUCAGGUGAUGGAAAAUAGGAAAUACAUUUUAUGAGGACAAUAAACUGAAGUUGAACCAAGGAAA